AUGAACGUGGCGGGGACUCAGCAGCUGAUAGAGCGACCCGCCAGCCUGCCAGCUCCAACUUCGACGAAAUCGGGGAUUGCUUUGCUCUACAAUGCGGAGACCAACAAUACCUACGACGUCUGCCUGAAAUUGACCAAAGAGGCUUUAACCAUUCAGCGGCUGGAUGUGGUGUGCACCCACGGCGGCGAAUCCCAAGUCAAUCACAGAGCUGUUGUACUCCGAAGACAGGCGGCUGGCGGGCUCGGCUUAAGCAUCAAAGGUGGUGCAGAACACAACGUGCCGGUGGUGAUCUCCAAGAUUUUUAAAGAUCAAGUUGACUAA